ACGAUGAUGUAUGCUGAGUAUAUAUGUAUAUCAUCUGGAAGAAGAAUCGACGAAACAACGAACACGUAUUUCGAGCAAUAAACAACACAAAAAGAGAGUAGAAUGGGUAUACUUAGGUACCAUGGUUUUUAUCGCGCACAGGCCGAUUUGAUUCAUUCAGCAUGCGCUCAGAAAUACAUAGUGAUACACAUUUUGCGAUGAGCACAUUUUGGUUUGAUAAUAAAUUAAUAAAUGAAUGAACAUGAAUUGAAUAAUCAGCUCGUGUCAUGUGUAUGUAGUGGGAUUUUCAUGUAUGAGAUAGAGAGAGUCUCAGUGUGGCCAUUAAUCGCUUCGAGUCCAAGAGAACAAGAUCGAUUGUUUGUGUGUGUGUGUGUGUGUGGACAAGACCGAAAUGGAUAGAGUGAAAUAGAGAUAGUAAUAGAGAGAGAGAAAUGUAUGUCUAGCAAGCCGAGCAACAAGCGCAUGUGAUGACAAUUGAUUCAAACGUCGAUGAUAAUUGAAUGGAUAUCGGAAGCAAAACCUGAAACGAACAUUCUCCAUUUGACAUAUUGAAAAAUUGACACUGCAAUUCAUUCAUUACUGCCGAUUGCAUCAAUCUUGGUUGCACUUGUCACCUUCUCUUCUCAUUCGCAUUUUCCAUCUUCUUCUUCUUCUGUCCGAUGGAAUAGUCUAUUCAUUUACACACACGCCACAAAUCGAUCUUAUUUCAUAAUCAUUCAUGUCGAAUCCCACCAAAUUAGCACGUCAAUUUAAAAACGAAACUAACUAUUUACAGUUGCGGUGAUAAAUUGUUAUCGUGCAAAUGAUACUUAUGACAUGACUAUGUUAAUUCGUGUAGUGGCACUUUAGAUUGUAGCGCGAUGAGAAAAAAAAUUGAAUUCGAAGUACAAGUGCACUUGAGGCGCCAUUUUCACUUCAAAUCGAUGAAUCAAAUUAAAAAUAAAUUCGAUAUUCCCUGCGAACGGAAUUGAUUUUUAUUAGCUCACGUUUCAAUUGUUCUUUAUCUGGAAAGGACACUCGAACAAAUCAAUGAACCGAAAAAAAAAUUUGAAUCUAUAUUUGACCAUACAGCAAACAUUCAAUAAUAUUCUAUAUUUGAUUCAUUUGAUGCGACAAGUGCCACAUGAUACAAUGCAUAUCAUUGUCAUCGGCUACCUGUCGAACAUUCUAAUCAGAACAUAAUCAUGUUUUCGGCAAAAUGAUUCAGUCGAAUUUGAAUGGCUUUCGGCAAACAUUCAGGAUGAUAAUUGUGCUGCAUUCUUGUGCGCACGUGUGUGCGUGUGUCGACCUAAAGCGACCGUUUACAGGUUUCUUUCUUCUUUGGUGGAGACAUAGAGAGUGUAAUACAGUGUGCGCGAGAGAGCGGUCGCAUUUCAUCGAGAAAAAAGUCGUAAAAUAUAAUACGGAUAUUGUUUGCAAUAAGCUUCUAUUUACUUGAUAAAUUGAAGACUUCCCGAUCUCAUAUAAUUUGCCGCUUUUUACCAUACACACAUGCACACAUGCGUUCAGAUUCACGUAUGUCGCGAAUGAGCCGCUGCGUGUAUAUAUUUUUUUUUAUUCUGUUCACGUUUCUUGAAAGAGAGGUGUCUGAAUGUGUCCCCAUUUGAAUACUGUUUUUCUUCGUCUGAUUAUUUUGAAGCGUCGGCGUAUGUACGAAUUCAUCUGAACGGUCAACCGACUGGAUUUCUUCGUUACGUAAACACUCUUAUUAAGCAAAUGAACUUUUUUUUCCCUCUUCCACCGUGCAAGCAGACAAUGAGUGAUAAGAGUGCGGUUCUUUGUUGAAUUGCCCGUGUGCACACAUUAGUGUGAUAAAUAACACCGUUUCAAACAUUAAAUGAAAUCUUCAUUUCCGCCGCCGCCGAUGAUGAUGAAGAAGCAGAUGAAGCGAAAGAAGAAAAAAAAAACUUUAUUAAACCUUAUUACUAAAUAGAACAAGGCUAUUCGACCGAAUAAAUUCCGGUAGGUUCGUGUGCACUUGGGCAUUAUUGUGUCGUUUCGACUGCAUAUAUAUAUAUGUGUGUGUGUGUGUGAUUGUUGGCGUCUGUCGCAAGCUCCUAAAGAACUUCUUGAAUGUCUCUCGCUCGCUCGCUCUUUUUAUUUCUCACACUCUCUCGGCUUAUUUGUUUAUGGAUCAAAAUCUAGAUUUAAAUUAGACGAGUGAGUUUACUACUACAGUUUGCGAUUGCUCGCGUCUUCGCGUUCAUUCGAACACAACAAUACUUCAUUUUCCAUUUAAUAUUUUGUAUCAAAGACACACAGAGAAGGAGAGAGCAAGCUAAAAUUUGCAUGCACUCUAUGCACAUAUUAUGACAUUUGUUCCUUUGUAUUAGCCUUUGUGGUGCUCGCUCACAUUUUCUUUGGCACGUUCUCUCUGCCUAUCACUCUAUCUCUCUCUCUCUCUGUGUGUGUGUUUCCCUCUGGCACAUAAACCUUUUAACGAUAAAUCGCUUUUAUUUUUUCGCCCUUCAAAACGAAUUUUCAAUAAAAAAAAUGCAUACACAACUCCGGCUGGCGGUAGUGUGGAUUCUUUAUUGCCUUGUGAGGUGAGAUGAUUGGCUUGAAAUUGGACAAACACACACAAGAGAGAUAAUACAUAUGCAGAUUCCGAUAUACCGAAGGAAUCUAUAUUGGAAUUGAUAUAAUUAUUGUACUUGUCUCUCCAUCUCUCAGUUUUCGCUCUAUUUUUACCUUCGAGCUGCCGCCGAUUUAUUUAGACCAUGAUUAAUGCAUGAUUUGAUUGUUCCCGUAUAUCAAUGUCCCGUAUAUACACAAUACAUGAAAACUUGUGUUAAACAGCUAAGCUCAACGGGUACGUCACGAAAUGAUGAAAAAUAAAGCCUUCAAUCACAUGGAGUGUGUGUGUAUGUGUAUGACAGAGAUAAUGUUAGAUGGAGGGAAAUAGCACGCGAAGCUUCUGAAAACAACCGUCAAUUUUCUGUUGGUUUGAACAAAAAUCUCCCCCAAUAAGCUCGAUGCAGCCAAUGGGGUGUUGGAUAUGGCAUUUUUAUUGGUAAUUCGAACGAAAACAGGUUCGCGAACAGUUUUCUCUCUAUGUUGUUGGUGCUUUUUUUUGUCAAUGGCAGUAAAUAUGGCGCCGGUUAAUAGUGUUCUAUUUGCAUGACGUCACGCGGUACAAUGCACAACUCAUCAAUAUUCCAUUUUUAGUAUGGAUCCAUAUCCACUCCACCGAAACCGAAAAUACACGCGGAACAUAACGGAACGGAACGGAACGAAACGCUCAUAUAUAAUUUUGCAUUAGCUGCAUUUCAGGAUUCGGUUUGUUUGGCAAAACCUAAAUAUGUAUCCGAAAAGAGUCGAUAAAAUAGCAACUUUCACACUGUCUCAACUAAAAAUACAAUCGAAGCUAUAGCAGCAGCAGCUGCUGCAGCUGCAGCAACAUAGUCAAACUAUUAUUUCCGCAUGCUCACAUUUUUUGUUCCAUUGUUCCAAAUUUUGAUAUACAUAUCAAAAGUAUGAAGUGCGUUUUCUUUGUUGUGAUUCAUCAUUUUGAUGAAAUGAAUUCCUCGAAACGGUGGGCACUUCAUUAUUACUACUUUGAACUGGUUGUAAGCGAAAUGGUACGAAAUUUAUGUAAUUGCAGGCCGCGUAUAGCUGCCGUUGUCAUGCUGUAUAUUACUUAACGGCAUCCUCAUUAGACAUCAAUUCAUUGUGUCCAGCAGCAGUAGCGUACAAUAACAAAUGAAGACGUGUAUCGUGUUUGUGACCUUUUUUCGCUUCUUUCGCGUUUACGGAAUUUCCGAAUUGGCCGAAUGAGGAAGUUGCUAGAUUUUUGCUUUUUGAAUCAUGGCUAUUUUGAAAUCGACUAAAGUUCUUAGAAAUGUAUGCGCACAAACAACGUUAAUGGUAUACAGAAAAGCAAGCAAACAAAUAGAAAGAAAACCAUUUUAUUUACAAAAUUAAAUAAAUCAUGGACAUUUCACACACGAUUCAUAUAUGUGGCUAAUCGCAUUCGAUAUCAAUAGAAAUGGAUAUAAUGUACAUAGCAUAUGUCCUGUUUUGGACAGUUUGUUAAAAAUCGUCAACUGUACACAGCACAGUUAAUGUGUAUACUGUUGGUGUUUUUCAAAUAGAAACCCGUCAUGGGAACUGUUUCUGGAGGCCAUAUCAUAACUAAAACUUAUCCACUGGGAUGGAUAUAAAAUUAAAAUUUACCUAUUUUGCUGUUGGUGGUGUGACACUUUUUAGGGUACUUUUCAUUUCGAUCUCAUUUGCUUGCUCUAAAGAGAUGAAGACUUUUCUCAUUCGUUCUAUGUUCAAGUUAAGAGAUAAUUUGGUACAUUGAAAAAAAAGACCGACCAUUGGGAUAAUUCGAAGCGAGAGAGAGAGAAAGAGAGAGAAAGAGAGAGAGAGAGAGGGGGAGAGAGGAGAGAAAUACACGAAGCAUACAUUUGAAUCUGCUGACACAGAGCAAAAAUGCCAAACACUCUCGCAGUCUGAAUAUUGCGAGAGAGAUAUCGAACGAGCGCACUUGCUCACUCAUUCUCUUGCUCUCCACCAUGCCACUUCUUCUUCUUCUUCUUCAUCAUCAUUCGUCAUAUCGAUUUUUCUCGUGCUACAUAUAGCAAAGCUCGUUUGUGUGUCGUUGAGAAUUAGUUCCGCUUCUGUUUCUCCUGUGCUAUUUUUUCUGUGCUUGACUUUUCGUUUUCUUCUUCUUCAGUUGUUGUUUUUGUUGUUGCUUGUUCGACAGGAUCAUAUAUUUCCCGCUACCCCGCUUGUAUAUGCAACACUCGAAACACACUGAAUGUGUGUGUGCAACUGUUACACACAACAUUAAGAGUAGAAACGGAAACAGAAAAAAAAACUAACCAAACUAUACUUAAGAAUCGUGUGCGCGCGGUUUGUUCGUUUCCUCAUUCGCUCGUUGCACGCGAAACGUAGAGCAAACGUAAUGAAAUUUCAUAAUAGCGACAAUUACAUGUCGUUUUUUUUUUUCAUUUCAACUUUGUAUCGAUCGUCAUCAUGUGAUGACAUAGGAAAAAUGGCCAAUUUUCCACUGUUUGCAAGGAGCUUAGGUGGAUUUUCAACUGGUGCGCGAAUGCGAAGAAGAGAUGAAGGGAGAAACAGGAAAAACCAGAUAGAGAGAGAGAGAGAGAGAGAGAGAGAGAGAGAGAGAAAGAGAAAAUUUGAGUUGAUGUUUGAGGAUAAUUGAGAAAAAGCAAUCGCAGCAUAUAUAUCGAAAUCGAAGGCAUUUCCUUUCCCAUUCGCCAAGUUUCAUUUACGUACUUCUACAGCAAUUCGAUGGUUUCUCUAGCAUUGGAAACGAGUCCGAUAGACGCCAAUGUAUAUAUCCACAAUGUGACGCAGUAUGACGUCAUUUAGGCGCUGAGUUUGCUCAUUUGAUACAAUCAUGAAAAUGUGAGAGAUAUUUUGAAUAUGAUGGUGAGUGAGAGACAGAGCACGUAUGUGUGUAUGUGUGUGUUUGGUUGCUUGCUUGCUUGUCUAUCCUGUUGUGUAUACGAAACUUUUCUCAGAGUUUUUCUCUCAACCACACACUCUUUACACACUGCGAACAACACCACAUCUCACACAAUUUUGCGAUAUGUACAUCGAAUUCUCUCGGGCUACUUUGAAUUCGUGUGUAUUUUCUUGCGACCGAGUAUUGAGUGCGGCCCCCACUAACUUUCUCCUUUCCGAAUCGGAUUUUUCUUUUUCCGAACAAACCGAAAAAUGCCAGCACACAAACGCGACUGCUCCGUACUGCCAUUGGGCAUCGGUGUGUAUGUGUGUAUACAUUUGUAUGUGUGUGUGUUACAAAGAGAUAAUAAGAAGGAGAGAGCGAGAGAGAGAAUGUGUGGCUGCUGGCGUUUGUUCGUUUGUGUAAUGGGAAAAAUUCAAAUGCUGCUGAAGUGUGAGUCGUUUCUGCGAGCGAACGAGAAUUUCGACGAUAUGCAUGAAUACAGCGAGCUUGAAUUCAGUUGAGCGACGUACCCGUAACGAUAAGGUCGCGAAUACGAUUUUAUGUACGAUUUUUCGGUCCAUCACCAGUAUAUACGUAUACAGGAGUUUAUAUUUUAUGUUGUAAGCUGAUGAAAACAGUUCUUUUUUACAAUACAACAAUACGAAUUCGCGCAUGGAUACAGCGUGAAAAAGUGUCAUUAGAUUGGGAUAUAAUCGAGGGGAUUGAAAACAAGUGACAAUUUGAAGUAAAAAGUAUUAAAAAAAAAUACCGAGGAAUAUUUUGACCAACAAAAAAGAAAUUAUUGAAAGAAAAAGGAGCAAAAAAAAAUUUAACAGAAAAGAAAUAAAAAUUAUAUCCACGAAACGAGGGAGGGAAAAAGAAAACACCAAAAUCCGAUUCACUAGUUUAAUUCAAAUACACGAAUCACACACAUCAGCGAAUAGGAAAAUUUUCACAAAAGAUACAAAUCGACCAGUCCAGUUCAUGAAUCUAUUACCGCACCGAACAUUUAUAUCGGUUAAUGUCAAUUACCAACAACUGAACGACCGUAUAUGUGUGUGAGUGAGGGAGAGAGAGAGAGUGUGUGUGUGCGUAUAGAGAGAAAGAGAAUCUUCCAUUUCCAACUCCUGAAAACGUUAAAUUCCAAACGAACGGAAGAACCGAAAACGUUACGCAAUCGAAUAAGAACAUUUUUUUCGGCCGAAAAUGCUCAAAAGCGAAGAGCACGGAAGGACGGACUCCUAUCGAGUCGCAACUGUUACGACAGUACCAGACGAUAACCUAACUGCAGAUGGAUUCUUCAAGUCAAGACGUAAGAUGGCUAAGGCAAAGGCAGCAAAGAAGGAGAAUCUUGAUGAUCUUAAGCAGGAAUUGGACAUCGACUAUCACAAGAUCACGUCAGAUGAACUGUAUCAACGAUUUCAAACACAUCCAGAAAACGGUCUAAGUCAUGCAAAGGCUAAGGAAAACUUGGAACGCGAUGGACCGAAUGCGUUAACACCACCGAAACAAACGCCCGAAUGGGUGAAAUUUUGCAAAAAUCUCUUCGGUGGUUUUGCAUUGUUGCUUUGGAUUGGUGCCGUUUUAUGUUUCGUUGCCUAUUCUAUUCAAGCCAGUACAAGCGAAGAGCCAUCCGACGAUAACUUGUACUUGGGUAUUGUGCUUGCAGCUGUUGUCAUAGUUACCGGUAUUUUCUCAUACUAUCAGGAAUCAAAAAGUUCAAAGAUUAUGGAAUCGUUUAAGAACAUGGUACCGCAAUUCGCAACAGUUAUCCGUGAAGGUGAGAAACUCACUUUGCGUGCCGAAGAUUUGGUAUUGGGUGAUGUCGUUGAGGUGAAAUUCGGUGACAGAAUACCGGCUGAUAUUCGAAUCAUUGAAGCUAGAAACUUUAAGGUUGACAAUUCAUCACUGACCGGAGAAUCUGAACCACAAUCACGUAGCCCUGAAUUCACUCACGACAAUCCAUUGGAAACGAAAAAUCUUGCGUUCUUCUCGACAAAUGCCGUUGAAGGUACUGCCAAAGGUGUUGUCAUCAGUUGCGGUGAUCACACUGUAAUGGGUCGUAUUGCUGGUUUGGCAUCCGGUUUGGACACGGGUGAAACGCCAAUCGCCAAGGAAAUCCAUCAUUUCAUCCACUUGAUCACCGGUGUGGCCGUCUUCUUGGGUGUUACUUUCUUCGUUAUCGCAUUCAUCUUAGGUUAUCACUGGUUGGACGCUGUCAUCUUUUUGAUUGGUAUCAUUGUGGCUAAUGUGCCAGAAGGUUUGUUGGCCACUGUCACCGUAUGCUUAACCCUGACCGCUAAACGAAUGGCAUCAAAGAAUUGCUUGGUGAAGAAUUUGGAAGCCGUCGAAACAUUGGGCUCAACAUCAACCAUUUGCUCGGACAAAACCGGCACAUUGACACAAAACCGAAUGACCGUUGCUCACAUGUGGUUCGAUAAUCAAAUCAUUGAAGCCGAUACCACCGAAGAUCAAUCCGGUGUUCAAUAUGAUCGCACAAGUCCCGGAUUCAAGGCAUUGUCACGCAUCGCGACAUUGUGUAACCGCGCUGAAUUCAAAGGUGGCCAAGAGGGUGUGCCAAUUUUGAAGAAGGAAGUCAGUGGUGAUGCUUCAGAAGCGGCUUUACUUAAAUGCAUGGAACUGGCUCUCGGUGAUGUCAUGUCCAUUCGUAAGAAGAACAAGAAAAUCGCUGAAAUUCCAUUCAAUUCAACCAACAAAUACCAAGUGUCGGUACAUGAAACCGAAGAUGCUGGUGAUCCACGUUACUUGUUGGUGAUGAAGGGUGCCCCUGAACGUAUUUUGGAACGAUGCGGCACCAUCUUUAUCAAUGGCAAAGAGAAAGUCUUGGACGAAGAGAUGAAAGAAGCAUUCAACAAUGCUUAUCUUGAAUUGGGCGGUCUUGGUGAACGUGUACUUGGUUUCUGCGAUUUCUUGCUCCCAUCCGACAAAUAUCCAAAUGGCUUCAAAUUCAAUACUGAUGAUCCAAACUUCCCACUCGAUAACCUCCGUUUCGUCGGUUUGAUGUCAAUGAUUGAUCCACCACGUGCUGCUGUACCAGACGCUGUGGCCAAGUGCCGUUCGGCCGGUAUCAAAGUUAUCAUGGUCACCGGUGAUCAUCCAAUCACAGCCAAAGCCAUCGCUAAAUCAGUCGGUAUCAUUUCGGAAGGCAACGAAACCGUUGAAGACAUUGCUCAACGUCUUAACAUUCCUGUAUCGGAAGUUAAUCCACGUGAAGCCAAGGCAGCCGUCGUUCAUGGUGCUGAACUUCGUGAUGUAUCAACCGAACAACUGGACGAAAUUCUGCGCUAUCACACGGAAAUUGUAUUCGCUCGUACGUCGCCACAACAGAAACUCAUUAUUGUCGAAGGUUGUCAACGAAUGGGUGCCAUUGUCGCUGUCACUGGUGACGGUGUCAACGAUUCGCCCGCUUUGAAAAAGGCCGAUAUUGGUGUUGCCAUGGGUAUUGCCGGUUCCGAUGUAUCGAAACAAGCUGCUGACAUGAUCUUGUUGGACGAUAACUUCGCUUCAAUCGUUACUGGUGUCGAAGAAGGUCGUUUGAUUUUCGACAAUUUGAAAAAAUCCAUUGCCUACACGCUUACAUCAAACAUUCCGGAAAUUUCGCCAUUCUUGGCUUUCAUUUUACUUGAUAUUCCAUUGCCAUUGGGUACGGUUACAAUUUUGUGUAUUGAUUUAGGAACAGACAUGGUACCGGCUAUUUCGUUAGCCUAUGAGACAGCUGAAUCAGAUAUUAUGAAACGUCAACCACGAAAUCCAUACAGUGAUAAACUGGUCAAUUCCAGAUUGAUUUCAAUGGCCUACGGACAGAUCGGUAUGAUUCAAGCGGCAGCUGGUUUCUUCGUGUACUUCGUUAUCAUGGCUGAAAAUGGUUUCCUGCCCGGAAAAUUGUUCGGUAUCCGUGAAUCCUGGGAUUCUAAGGCUGUCAAUGAUUUACAAGAUUCAUAUGGCCAAGAAUGGACAUACCGAGAUCGAAAGACGCUUGAGUUCACUUGCCAUACAGCGUUCUUCGUAUCGAUCGUGGUCGUCCAAUGGGCUGAUUUGAUCAUUUGCAAAACACGACGAAACUCAAUCGUUCACCAAGGAAUGCGCAACUGGGCAUUGAAUUUCGGUAUCGUAUUCGAAACAGCAUUGGCUGCUUUCCUAUCAUAUUGUCCGGGUAUGGACAAAGGUCUUCGAAUGUACCCGCUCAAAUUUGUCUGGUGGCUACCGGCUAUUCCAUUCAUGUUAUCCAUUUUCAUUUAUGACGAAAUUCGUCGUUUUUACAUUCGUCGCAAGCCAGGCGGUUGGUUAGAACAAGAAACAUACUAUUAAACACAUUUUGAGUUAAGUGAAAUGAAACACAAACACAAAAACAAAAACAACAACAACAAGAAACAAACAAACAGAAAAUUAAAUCAAGACAAAGAGAAAAAAUUGCAAAAAAAAAAAGAUUUAAGAAUAAAAAUUAAUGAAUUAUUACAUAAUACAAUUCAGAAGACGAAGUGUUCGCAGCAAAAAAAAGAGUAUAAAUUUAGUAUCAUGCAAGACAGGAGAUAUGAUCAUUUUCAUAAAUGGAAGCAACAUAGAUGUUAAAUAAAAAGAAUCUCAAGAGAGAGAAUGUUUAUCGCAGGAACAAAUUAUCUAAGUACACCGACGACAACAACAACAAAUGAGAUCACACAAAAGAAUCUCUCACGACAAAUUCCAAGAUAGGCAUAACUGAAUACAACAACAACAACAACAACAACACUGACACUGAGGAAAAUAACAACAACAACAACUACAACAACCAAUUUAUGAUUAAAAUAAAAAAAAAGAAAACAUAUGUAAUGCGUUUGUAUUUUCACUUAUUUUCGGAUUUUAUAUUUGUUUUUUAAAAAACACAAACACAUGUAACUGUUCUUCACCAUUAAGAGGUAACAACAAAACAAAACAAAAAUAAUGAGGUUGUUCUCAUUGCUUUAAUUUAUAGAUUCUCAAAUUAAUUUACAAAAUAUAUAUAUAUCUAAACGAAGAAGAAAACAAAAAAAAGAGCAAACAAGGAAGCAAACAACCGAAACAGCACCCAAUUGAACACAGAAUAUGCGAAACGGAAACACCGAUGUCAAUGUCUAAAAGAGAUAACUAAAUGAACAAAAAAAAACAAACAAAUAAAAAAAAUAACACCCAGAGAACUCACACCACACCACACCUUGAGAACACCGCAACAGCAACCAAGUCAGAUGAAAUAUUUAAAACAAAAACCAUUUAAAACAAUGAAUGAAUUAAACAAAUGUCGUUGAACAUUACCAACAUAAAAAAGAUUUAUAGUAUAAAUUGUCUGUUUGUAUUCUCCAAAGUAUCCCCGUUGUAUUAUGUUGUAAAUUUGGAACAAAUUCUAGAAGUCAAAUAAAUUUAUGAUAAUUCGUUGACUAUUUAAUAAAUCAAUUCAAAUGAUUAAGAUUAAAGAGAAGAACAUAAUAAUUAAAAGAAGAAGAAAAAAAAACGAAGAAGGUGAUGAACAAAACAAAUGAUGCUAUAAAAUGAUGAACGAAAUGAGAUAGAAAUUAAUUUAAAACAAACAAAAUGAGGAAACUAAAGUAAUUCUAACCAAAAGUGUAUUCAUUCUUCUAGCUUUGAAAAAAUGUUAGCUCCCACAAUGAUGCUUUGCUCUGAUUCAGCACACACACACACACAAACACCACUAAUUCGUUCCAUUCCAUAGUUUUGGUACUUACAUAAUUUCGAUGUGUCGAAUCGUGUUGCUCUAUAUGUAUUAUUGUAUACUCGAUGUGUCGAGAUUUUCCGACUCCCAAUAUCUCUUCAAGUUCGAUCCAGUGUCGAAAUCGCCCAUUCAAUUUUUUUUCAGUCAGAUCUCAUUCUCUGACCGAAUCACACCAAAUUGUUCCUCCUUGAAUUCGGUUAAUGCAUAGAUACGAUCAAUUCAUUCGCGUUCGGUAUUGGCCCAGUGAAAAUUCGUGGUUAAAUUCAACGAUGGAAUUUUCUUUGUAAAAUCAAUUUGAAAUUACCCUUGUGUGGAGAUGUAUAACAACGGAACUGCACCGAAUCAUCCCCCGGGCAUUGGUCGUAUUAUUCAGCGGUGACACUGCGAAAGGUAACAUUUUCGGGAACUAGAUGGACGAACACGAAUUUAUUAUUAAAUACAAGUGAAAGUGAAAGAAAAUGAACAAAUUGCCAUAUUAAAUAUGUGCGUAGAUACGUACAAAAUUAAAGCCAUUUUCCUGCCCCUGCCCCCGCCCCAAAUUGUCUCUCUCACACAAACACGCCCGAUCUCCCCGAAAACCGAAAAAAUUCUCGUCAACACACACACACACUGAGCCGGAAAGCGUUUAAUGGUCAUUGUUUUUGAUUAUUACUCAUUUAUCACAUAUUGAUGAAUAUCUAACCUUUGCACUAUCAGACCAGAAAAGAACAAAACUAAUCAGAACAUUCCCUCUUCAGUUCAAAACUUCAGUCCAUUUGUUCCAUUCGAAAACCGAAAAUUACUUUUUCUGAAUUUUAUUGAAAACACAACUCAUCUGAUUUCAGUAAACAAAAAAAAAACUAAACCAGAGAAAGACAACAAAGAAAACCAACAACAAUACAAACAACACAAAUUGGAAUAAAUAACGAUGGAAUAACGAGCUGCAUAUAGUUUUAUUAAGCAAAUGAAGAAUAAAAAGCAAACAAAAAAUGAAUUAAAUAAAAAUAAAUUAUCGAGUGUGAAAAGGAAUACAAAUUUCUAAUUGUUGUUUGAUCCAUGAGCAUAUUCAAAACGUCCGUAAUUUAAGCCAGUUUCUACAAUUCACUGCAAAUGAAGUACAUUUUGAGUCACUUUUUCCUAAACAAAAAACUAAAAAAAUAAGAAAAUAAAUAAAACGAACAAACAAUACACAUUCACUCACACACAAUAAAAAAAAAUGACGCAAAACAACAACAAGACAAAAAAAUCCAAAGGCUUUCUUAAAUGUACGCUUGUUUUUAGAUGACGGCUUACGUGUAAUAUCGUACAUUCAUUUUCCUUAAUUUCGUUGUUGUCAGCAUUUUCGAUAUUUUUGGUUCAGAAAAAAUUGAGAGAAAAAAACCAAAAAAUUACCAAACGCAAAAGUAAAUUAAUAAUAAUAAUAUUAAAUGAAAAUAAACAAUAAAAAAAAGCAACUAAAUCAUGUAAUGUCAAUAGAAAUGAGCAUAAAAAAUGAAGUUGAUGAUGAUGAAAAAGAAGAAGGCGUCAAAGAAAUGAAUCAUUGCAUUGAAAUCGAUGACGACCAUUACAUCGAGUCAUUGUUCAUGUGAUUUUCGUUAUGCCAAAGCGUUCGUUCAUCUGUUUCAUGUCUUCAAUAUAAAUAGAAAAAAAUUAACUAAAAUAAAACUAAAAACCAAAUUAAGCACAUUAAAAUUCGUGAAAAAUAAAUCACCAAUUAAAAUCAGUAUAAACGAGAUAAACCAAAACAAAAUUUUAAAAACAAACAAAAAUCAAACAAUUUUAAUUACAUUUCAACUUUUCCAAAAGUAAGUGAGACAAAUUAAAUUGAAUAAUAAUUUAAAAAAAAAUGAAGGAAGAAACAUGGCAUUAGGUCUCCUUGUAAAACUGCCCGGCGAUUGAACGUUGUCUUUGGUACACCUUCUUUUUGUGUUGUCAUUCGACGUAUAUCAUACAUAUCGAAUGCAACACGAAACAUGUGUCGAAAUGAUUUAUUUUUGCGUGCGCGUACGAGAGAAAGAGCUCUCAAAACAAGUCAUGACAAUUUAAUCGAUUGGCAGCGAUUUUGUUUUCGGUUGUUGAAUCUCGUGUGCACAUCAUUCACCAUCACCACCACCACCACCAUCAAACCAAACAUUUCCGCCGUAAUUUUAUUCGCAAGAGUUUGAAACGAACAAUUAUUCAAUAAAUGAGAGGUUCAUAAACAAAUUGUAUGUGUAUUGAGAAUAGUGUGUGACAAAAAAAAAGUAUUUGACAAAAAGUUGAAAAAUUAAUUUAAAAAAAAUGCGUCUUUACUGCCUGAUUAUUGAUUUCCCUAAAAUAUAUUUAAAAAGAAAACAUGAGUAAUUAAGAAAAAAAAUUACCAAAAAAAAGAGAAAGAUAGAAUACACACUUUUUUUAAUUUUCAAAAAAAAAAUGAUUACAUUUAUAGAAACAAAGCAACAAAAAGAAAACAAAGAAUGAGAAAUAAAACAAUAAAAAUUGUUCUGUAAUAUGUAAAUCAUAAGAAAAAAAUGUUACAAAACGAUUGCCUCUUUAAAGUUUAAGCUAUUUAAAUUGAAAAAGAAGUUACACCGUAAACAAAAAGAAAAAAAAAUGAAAACUGGAACUAAAUAUGUAAAACGUAUUUUAAUAGCUUCAACAAAAUGGAAAUAAAAAGAGAAGAAAAAAAAACACACACACACGAUGAAAAUGAUACUGACACUAGACACACUGAAAUGGUUUAAACACACAGUAAAAACUAAACUAAACAAAUCAAUUGAAGUAAAAAAAAAACCGAUGAGAUAAAUGAGUUUAAAACAACAAACAAAAAGAAUACAUGAAAUCAGCAGACAAAAAAAAACAAGCAAAAGUAAAAUGGGAAAAUAGUCACAUUUGAAUGUUCAAAUAAAAACAAAAAACACACAGAAAACGUUGACCGAAAAUGGAUUUUAAAUUAAAAUAUUUAGAGGACAACAAGAAAAAUACAAAAUAAUUACAAUAAUAUAUUCUAUUAGUAAUAAACAAAAUUAGCAUCACCAUUCAUUUGAAAUAUGAAACAGCGUACUUUACUAGGCGCUAUAAAGUAGUUCUCUAUUAAACCAAAACAAAAAUAAAUAAAUAAAUAAACGUAAAUUGGCUGGCUGUUUAUUA